CACUCUCUAUAAAUUACAACAAAAGUAGAAGUGGAGGGAAAGUUUCCCGCCAUUUUCCUAUCAGCUAAAGUUGUUCUCUUCUUCAAACAGACCAAAAAAAAAACCCUAACACUAGGCUCGCGACCGCCAUGGAAGAGGAAAUCAAAGCUGAAUUCCUAAAAAAUGGCUUUAGUCUCGAUGAUGAAGCAGAAAUUCUCAACAAAUGUCUUACUUUCUGUAUUCAAUACAGCCUAAGCCCCUCCGAUCUCGUUUCUAGCUGGGAAGUCUACUCUCUCAACAGGGGGCUGCAAUUGACGGUGCAGAGUUCACAUAUGGGUGCAUUUCUACAACAAUUACAGAAUGAGCGGAGAGAGGACAUUGUUAAAAAGGAACCUGGUUUACAUUUCUACUCCAGUGAUAUUUCUAUGAUAUUGAAUGCUGAAUACGAGAACACAAAGGAAAUCAUUCUUGGUACCCCAACAGAUAAACGAAAGACAUCACAGUCAGAAACAAUUGGUUCAGCACGAAAAACCAAUGGAAGCAUUUCCACCUCCAGAAAGCAUUUAGAAACAAUUACACCCUUUGGAAAAAGAAAGAACAAGUUUGUGGUGCAGUUUUCUCUCAAUGAGAAUGCUAAUGGAGAAAGUAUGAAAAUAGAACACGAUGAGGAGAACCCCAAUGAUGACAUUAUUAAGAGAGUCCAACCGAUCAAAAGAUGUUCUUUGCAGAUCAUUAGCUCUCAACCUGAGCCAGGGUGCAGGUUCAUGUUUGAUAGGACGGAAAAUAAGUUUAAUUUUCUUGAAAGCCGAAUAAAAGAUCACACAACAGCACUUGUAGCCUCUGGACUGCAUGAGGAACCAACUGAUCCUACAGUUGCUUCACAGAGAUCUGUAUUUGCUGUUGGUAUGAUUUGUUGCGAGGAAGAAGGGCGUUUGAAGGAAAAGCCUAUUUUACUGCAAAGCAGUGUUGAGCAUUCUGGAGGUCAACGUGUGCGCCUUGACUUGCAAAACUUGGACCACUUUUCUGUUUUCCCUGGCCAGGUGGUUGGUGUUGAAGGGCACAAUCCAAGUGGCCAUUGUCUCAUUGCAUCAAAAAUUGUUGACCACAUUCCUUUGUCGGCUUCUUCCACGGAAAAUCUCCCACCUACAAAGAAACAAGCAAUGGAUCAAUAUCUUCAGUCAACCAGUGCCGUGGUUGCUAUGCCAGAGCUAUCAUUGAUCAUAGCUGCGGGUCCUUUUACAACAGUUGAUAACUUAUUCUUUGAACCUCUUUCUGAGCUUCUGUCGUAUGCGCGGCGCAAGCAGCCUCAAUUGAUCAUUCUGCUAGGACCAUUUAUAGAUUCAGAUCAUCCUGUGAUCAAGAAAGGAACUGUAGAUAGGACAUUUGAUGAAAUCUUUCAGGAUGAAAUCCUUGCAAGGUUGAGAGAUUAUGUAGAAUAUAUGGGUUCUGCUGCUCGUGUGAUUCUUGUUCCAUCUGUACGAGAUGCUAGCCAUGACUUCGUUUACCCUCAGCCAGCCUUCGACAUUCAGUCCCCCAAUCUUGAACAUCAGAUAAAUAGCAUUACAAAUCCUGGGAUAUUCUGUGCAAAUGAGGUGAAAGUGGCUUGCUGUACGGUUGAUGUUCUUAAACAGCUCAGUGCAGAGGAGAUUUCACGAAAUCCACAAGGUGGAUCCAAGCAACGGAUGACAACUCUUGCAAACCAUAUCUUAAACCAGCGCAGCUUUUAUCCUCUAUAUCCACCAGCUGAAGGCGUACCCAUUGAUUUCUCUCUAGCUCCAGAAGCUCUUCAGAUGUCAACAGCCCCAGACAUACUUAUUUUACCCUCAGAUUUGGCUCACUUUGUUAGGGUGAUCUCCCUUGGGGAAAGAAGUGAAGGAGAAGAAGUGAAGUGCAUAUGUGUGAAUCCUGGACGACUUUCAAGGGGAGAAGGAGGAGGUUUCUUUGUGGAGCUCAACUACCAUGGAAGCUGUGAUUCAUCAAGUGCUUCAGUCCUUCGUAUAUAACAUUGAGACACGAAUCUUCCUGCAGUUCAUGUGUUUAGCAGUAGCAAAGAUUGUGGAAACCCAUGAACUAAGUCACGGCAACGACUAUGAAGAACUGGGGCAGACUGCACUUGUUGAAGGCUCGUCAUGGAUACCCAAAAAAGAAAUAAGUGACUAGUCAUGCUGUAGCUGCAUCUAUUCCCUUGGUGAUUUCAAACUUCCCCUUGUUUCCUAUGUUAAUAUUAAGGAAGUCAUUGUUCUGUCCAGCCAGUUAUAGCAUCUUAGGAUCUUUCUGAGGUCAAUAUGUAGGAAGUUUAUUUAUACCUGAGAAGUUGUGCUGCCUUUGUUCAUAGGAAGUAGAAAUGUAAGUUUUUGGAGGAUCCUUUUCUAUAUGAUGAAAUGCAAUUUUGCAAGGGUUGACUACCAUGA